UUGGCAAAAUCGCUUUUUUGUUCCAGUGCUUGUCUGGUGAGGAAAUUUUUUCUUUGCAUGGGAUACCAAACAACAGUCACAUAUCAAAUUCAAACUUCUCCACAAUAUGCCCUGCUGUUUUGCAACAGCUAAUUUUUCACCCGUGUGAUCAUCAGGAAGACUUCGCAGAGACAUCUAAACCACAUUCUUUACAAGUUUGGGGAUUUGGGUUCCUGGCUGUGACUAUCAUCAAUUUGGCAUCGCUUUUGGGACUGAUUUUGACUCCCCUCUUAAAUAAGUCAUAUUUCCCCAAGAUUUUAACCUACUUUGUGGGCUUGGCCAUUGGUACUCUCUUUUCUAAUGCAAUUUUCCAGCUCAUUCCAGAGGCAUUUGGGUUUGACCCCAAAGUAGAUAACUAUACUGAGAAAGCAAUUGCUGUGUUUGGUGGAUUUUAUAUUCUCUUCUUUGUGGAAAGGAUUCUUAAAGUGAUAUUGAAGAUCUAUAAUAAGACUGACCAUAAUGACUCUGAAAAUGGUGAACAGAAUCGCUCUCAUGAUAAGACUAUCCCACCCAAACCACUGUCAUCCAGCAAUGGAGGGACGUGUUAUGCAAAUUCAGCUGUCAUAGAGAGCAAUGGAAAUCUUGGUUUUGACAGCAUCAGCGUGGUCUCAGCACAGGAAGAGACCCCCCAAGGCAGCUUAUGCAAAUGUCUUAACGAGCGUCCACUGUCAAAGAUUGGGACCAUUGCUUGGAUGGUAACUCUAAGUGAUGCCGUGCAUAAUUUCAUAGAUGGUUUGGCUAUUGGUGCUUCUUUCACUUUGUCUCUAUUUCAAGGGCUCAGUACCUCCAUAGCCAUCUUGUGUGAAGAGUUUCCUCAUGAACUAGGCGAUUUUGUCAUCUUGCUUAAUGCAGGAAUGAAUACUCGUCAGGCUCUGUUUUUCAACUUUAUGUCUGCAUGUUCCUGUUACAUUGGGUUGGCUUUUGGUAUAUUAGUAGGCAACAACUUUGCUCCUAACAUCAUCUUUGCUGUAGCUGGUGGAAUGUUCCUGUACAUAUCCCUGGCAGAUAUGUUCCCAGAGAUGAAUGAUAUGCUGCGAGAGAAAGUCACAGGAAGAAAGAUGGAUCUCACAUUCUUCCUUAUUCAGAAUGCUGGUUUACUAACAGGGUUUAUUGCUAUACUGAUGAUAACCUUGUAUGCAGGAAAUAUUGAGCUGUGA